UAGCUUAGAUUUUCAAAUAAGGUAGUUUAAUAGUGUAUUAGAACAUAUAAAUGAGAAACUUUUAGAUACAAGACAUUUGAUGAAAGAAGGAUUCAUACAUGCAAAACAUUUUUGUAUAAGUAGACAUUUUUAUAAUCUACUUUAUAAAAAUUUUUGAAUAGAAAAGGUUUGAACAGGUUUAAGGCUGUUUGGAUGUCAUUAUAAAGCUCAACCGUGAGGCUGUUGCUUGGUAAGCAUAGAUAAGCAAAACAUGCUGGUGCAUUUGGUUUUUCUCCAAAUCUUCUGCAUUUUUUCACUGGCGGUAGCAUCGCCCUCGAAUGCGACCACCACCUCCACUAAACCUGGCUGCCAAAGUAGAUGUGGAAACCUAGAAAUUCCAUACCCGUUUGGUAUCGGGUCAAACUGCUCUUUGGACAAAUACUUUAAUAUCAAUUGCAAUACUUCUUUCGACCCUUCAAAAGCCUACCUCGUCGAUCCUGGUCCUUCUAUCGUUAAUUACCCUUCCAGCUAUGAGGUUGUUAAUAUCUCAAAAACUAGAAUAUAUCUUAAGAACGUGGAGGCACAACUGUCAGUGGCCUGCAGUGGUAUGGGAUUCGAUAACAAGACAGAGAAUUAUACUAUAGCAAUGGAAUUUUAUCGUAGUCCUUAUACCUGGUCAAACGCGAAUCAGGUCACGUCCCUUGGUUGUGAUGACUUGGCUAUGGUACGAACAGAUUCAUCCAAUGAAUCUGACGGUGGUGUUGCUUGUGCAUCCUACUGUCGAAAAUUUUCAGAUCCUGUUGUCGGGUCAUGUCCGGGCAGGGGCUGUUGCCGGACCUUCAUAACCAAAGGUACAUAUGUUGGAGUUAAACUCUCUGACAUGCAUAAUUACUGGGGCCGACAUAGGAGACUUUUCCGGUGCAGCUUUGCCUUCGUAGGAAUGAUAGGUGAUGAUGAUGAUAAAUUUAAUUUUCGUUUAUCUCAUCUUGAUGAUUUAACAACAUUCCUAAACAAUAAUAAAGAGUUUACGAGUACGCCAUUAGUGUUGGACUGGGGAAUUUCUCGCUACCUGAAUUGCACAGUAGCUGCUCAGAAUUCCACUAAAUAUGCAUGUAAAAAGAACAGUGAUUGCAUUAAUUUGUACCAAAAAUCUGUACCGUAUAGUGGAGGAUAUCGAUGUCAGUGCAAGGAAGGAUAUGAGGGCAAUCCUUACCUAGGAUGCGAAGAUAUCAAUGAAUGCAUGAGUAAUCAUAAAUGCAUCUCAUAUGGAACCUGCACCAAUAUUCCGGGUUCUUAUUGGUGUUCCUGUCCUUCCGAUUAUCACGGUGACGGUAAAAAAAAUGGUUUUGGUUGUAUUCCAAUAUCGGUACCCCAUGAUAAACUCGCAAUAGGAGUAGGCUUGAGCGCUGGAAUGGGAUUGCUAGUGCUGCUAUCCACUUGCUUUUGGUUGUUCAAGUUUCAGAAGAAGAGAAAAAUUAAAAAACGCAAAGAAAAAUUCUUCAAACGAAAUGGUGGUCUUCUGCUAGAACAACAAAUAUCAACGGAUGAAGGAAUACUUCAAAAAACACGACUUUUCAGUGUUAAAGAGUUAGAGAAAGCCACUGAUCACUUCAGUGAAAGUCGAAUACUUGGUGAAGGAGGUCAGGGGAUGGUGUAUAAAGGGAUGUUAACUGAUGGAAAAAUUGUGGCAAUAAAAAAAUCCAAGGUGGUAGAUGAAAAUCAAGUGGAGCAAUUUAUUAAUGAGAUUGUCAUGCUUUCACAAGUCAUUCAUAGGAAUGUGGUUAAACUAUUAGGUUGUUGCCUAGAAACUGAAGUUCCUUUACUAGUCUAUGAAUUCAUUUGCAAUGGAACCCUUUACGAUCAUAUCCGCGACAAGAGUGAUGAGUUUCCAUUUUCAUGGAACAUGCGCUUAAAAAUUGCUGUAGAAGUCUCAGAAGCACUUGCCUAUCUUCAUUCUGCAACUUCUAUCCCCAUCUAUCACAGAGAUAUUAAGUCAACUAAUAUUCUACUUGAUGAAAAAUAUGUAGCUAAAGUUUCAGACUUUGGAACUUCUAGAUCAAUCGCAGUGGAUCAUACUCAUUUAACCACACUAGUAAAAGGAACCUUUGGAUACUUAGACCCUGAAUACUUUCAAUCAAGUCAAUUUACAGAAAAAAGCGAUGUUUACAGUUUUGGAGUUGUUCUUGUUGAGCUCUUAACUGGACAACGACCAAUAUCUUUUGCCAAAACGGGAGAGGAAAGAAGUUUAGCAACAAGAUUUUUGUUAUGUAUGGAAGCAGACAAUCUCGAAACAAUUCUUGACAGCCAAGUUUUAGAGCAAGGUAAGAGAGAAGAACUAAUUGCAGUGGCAAAACUUGCACAAAGGUGCUUAAAUUUGAAUGGGAAGAAAAGGCCAUUGAUGAAAGAAGUAGCCACAGAGUUGGAGAUUAUUAAAAUAUCUCAAACGCAUUUGAUUGCAUCUGAUACUAAAUAUCAAGGCCUACAGUUGCGCAAAUCCAAAGCGAUAUUGGUGUCCGAUGAUGACUACACAUGGACAAGUUCCUCUAACAAUAUCAUCCCAUCAUCAGAUGCACAGCCCCUAAUGGUUCAUACCACUUGAUGCAUUCUCUGAUUUCUAAACAAUUUCCUCAUUUGUUGUAUAAUAUAUGCUUUUGUAAUAGUUUAUUUAAACAACUAAAUAACAUUUGGUCUAGAUUUUUGUUAUAUCAAUACACGGAUCAGACUUUUUCAGCA